AUGAAACUCAAUAUAGCUGUAAGAGCGGGUCUCAAUCCUCAUGUGAACGUACGUAGAAACCUAUAUAGACUUCAAGAAGCCUUUGGAUUUAAACAACGAUUAAGAGGAAUGCUUAAGCGAGAAGGAAUGAUUUGCAGAGAAUGUGGCAAGGGAUUUCAAUCAUGGAAAGCUCUAUAUGGUCACAUGAGGUGCCACCCUAAGAAGGAAAACGAAGAUGCUCCUUUGCCACAGGAGAAAUCGAGAAGAAUGAGGUAUGACAACAAUGGCACAACUUUAUCUUCUUUUAUUUUGGAGACUGAUCAAGAUCAAAUAGAGGGAGCCCUAUGUUUGAUGAUGAUUUCUAGAGGAGUGGGUCAAUUGGAUGGGUUCAAUUUUGUUGAAGCAGAGUCUUUAGAUAAUGAUACUGUGGUUUUAGAAGCUCAAAAUAGAUCAUCAGCUCUAGGUAAGCUAAAUCCUGGAAAGCAAGAUGAAAAUUUUGAUUUUUCUUGUGAUAGGAAUUAUGAGAAUCUGAACCACCCAAAGAUGAAGAAACCCAGAAACAAAAAUUCAAAAUAUGUUGAUUCUGAUUCUGGGUUUCUGAGGGUUGGUCCCAACAAGGUUGAAUCUACAGUUAACAAGGGGAAUCAUAAGGGAGGCAAGAAGAACAGUUCAUCUAAUGGUAACUAUAUUGGAUUGGAGGAAGAUUCUGAAAUCUGCAGUGACAAUCAAAACCAAAGCAGGUUUAAGUGUAAAACCUGUAAAAAGACCUUCCAUUCUCACCAAGCUCUUGGAGGACAUAGGUCCAGCCAUUACAAGGCCUGCUUUGACUCGAGUAUCGAAGUUAUUGAAAACAACAUUGAAAUAGAUGUUCUUGCUAAUCGAACAAUUGAUGGUAAGCUUAACAAGCCUUGUAGCAAUGAGACUUUGAUUAAAGGAGAGCAAGACGAGAAAAUUAAUGGCGUUUCAGGAAGUAGUUGUGGAUCAAAGAAGAGCACGAGGCAUGAGUGCUCAAUUUGUUUAAAGGUUUUUGAUUCAGGUAAAGCUUUGGGUGGCCACAAUAGUUCCCAUUUGACUAGGGAUUCUAAAUACAAAGACAAUCUUCCUGAGAUUAGAUAUCCAAUCAAUCUUAAUCUCCCACCUCCUAUUGAAGAAGAAACCAGGGACGUCAUGGAGAUUUGA